GGAGCGUGAAUUGCCUCCUAGUAGGGACUCCCUUUCGCUCGCAUUCAGCGCAGCACAAGGCAUGGCGGCUACCUGUUCUAGAAAAUCCCUCCAACUCGCUUCCGCUUCUGCGAGAGCCCAUCUUUCUCGUCGUUCUUCAUCUGCUUUUACUUCGGAUGCCUCUAAACUUGGCGGGUUAGGUUCAUGCAGAGCAUCGUCUGCUUCUCGAGUUGCUGCGCAGAGGCGCUCGCUCUCGUUUUCCUGGCUUCCAAAGCAGUUGGCUGGCGCGCAGGUGUCAUUGAUGCCGUUGCAUAGUGCUACUUCCACUGCCUUGUUCACUUCUCUGCUAUCUCUACACAGUAACAAGUGGGGUUGUCUAUCUGAAGGUACCGCUCCUGAACUCCCUUUCAAAUCUGUAGUAUCAUUUUAAUAUCAAUUCUGUGGU